AUGGAUUCGCUCGGCGCAGUGACCGCUCUGUUUGGGGUUGAUCUUCUCAGAGAGCUGAGUAAAACAAAUGAUGGCAACAUCUUCUUUUCCCCUCUGAGCAUCACGACUGCCAUCGGCAUGCUUCCGCUGGGGGCCCGAGGGUCCACCGCCACGCAGUUACUCAAGGUGCUUUUCUCUGAAAAAGACACGAAAAGUUCAGGAAUGAAAGCUGAAGAAAAAGAGGUAGGAGACAUGUGGCUGCUUUGUAGAUGCGGGUCCCCGGGGAAAUGUAUUGAGAAGAUGGAAGAGAUACACCGCCAAUUCGAAACGUUCUUGAGUGAAAUAAGCAAACCCACUAACAAUUAUGAACUGAAAAUCGCCAACAGGCUAUUUGGAGAGAAGACAUACCUUUUCCUUCAAAAAUACUUAGAUUAUGUUGAAAAACAUUAUCAUGCUUCUCUGGAGCCUGUUGAUUUUGUAAAUGCAGCAGAUGAAAGUCGAAAGAAGAUUAAUUCCUGGGUUGAAAGCCAAACACAUGAAAAAAUCAGGGACCUGUUUCCAGAUGCCUCUCUGAGCAGCUCCACCGAGCUGGUGCUGGUGAACAGCGUGUACUUUAAAGGGCAAUGGGACAGGGAGUUUAAGAAAGAAAACACCAAGGAGGAGGAAUUUUGGCUGAAUAAGAAUACAAGUAAGUCUGUGCCGAUGAUGACACAACGCCAUUCUUUCAGCUUUGCUUCCCUGAAGGACUUGCAGGCCAAGAUUCUGGGGAUUCCAUACAAAAACAGUGACCUAAGCAUGUUCGUGCUGCUGCCCGAUGACAUCGACGGUCUGGAGAAGAUUAUAAAUAAAAUAAGUCCUGAGCAGUUAGUAGAGUGGACCAACCCAGGGCACAUGGAAGAAAGGACUGUGACUUUGCACUUGCCUCGCUUCGAAGUGGAAGACAGCUACGACCUGGAGGCCGUCCUGGCAGCCACGGGGAAGGGCGACGCCUUCAGCGGGCACGAGGCUGACUAUUCGGGACUGUCCUUAGGCUCAGGGCUGCAAGCCCAGAAGUUCCUGCACGCGUCCUUCGUGGCGGUAACGGAGGACGGCACCGAGGCUGCCGCCGCCACCGGCGUGGGCUUCGUCCUCACGUCAGCGCCCGGCUGUGAAACUUUCCACUGCAAUCACCCUUUCCUGUUCUUCAUCAGGCACAAUGAGUCCAAAAGCGUUCUCUUCUUCGGCAGAUUUUCUUCUCCUUAG